AUGAACCAACAAUUAAAGAGUCAAAACAUCAAGCACGAAUUUUUAUACAAGUGGUUUGAGACCUACCAUGUUGCAAUUGGCUGGAUGAAGUAUGACUUCUGCAAAGACCUUCUUUUUAGUGACUCAUACUUGCUUAAAAUACUUUCAAUAUCGAUUCCCAAUGAAUUUGAACCUUUUGAUGAGGAGGAAGAGAUACCAAACUUACAAGCUCUGAGUUAUCAGUAACAGCACAAGAAAAUUGAGACUGCAAUUGAGAUGAAACUAUUUACAGCUUUGAAGGUGUUUUUCAAAACUAGAGAACUUGAUCUGACCGAAGUUUUGAAAUAAAUUAGGAUUAAAAAGUAAGCUAACAAGGCUUAUGAUUACCAAAGCUGGGAAAAAGCGUAUUGGCAAUUAGCUUAUAUAGUGUUUACUGCAUUUUACAUUGAAAAUGUCUAGAAUGAGUAUCUAGAGAACUACUUUUAGCUAUAGCUAAGGCAGGACUUGCAAUAGAUGAAAUUGGUGCUUGACAUUAUUAGCUCGGUACUUCGAAGAACAUAAUCUCCUGAUCUGAUCAUAGCUCCUAGUCUUAAUUAAGUAUCAGCUAGUAGCUAAAAUAUUUUAACUCCUGCAAAUCAAAGUCAGUAGAGCAUUCUGAUACUAGAAAAUCAGAAUAAUGAAGACAGCGAGACUAUGGUAAUUUCAACUCAAGACAACAAUAAUAGUAGCUCCUUAAUGAUGAAUGCUACAUCAAAUUUACAUGAAUAAAUCAGGACCUAAACUUAGAUUAAUAAUCAGCACUACAUAGUGCAGGUUUCAGAUAUUGACUACAUAAAAAGGAUAACUGAAUCAUCUGAGGGAUCUUAAGGGACUGAAGAGGAUGAUGAAGAUGACCUACUCAAAGAAGAUGUUGAGGGCUGGGAUGUCUUUGAUGAUUAUCAUAAAUUUAAACAUAGAGAACAGAAGAUCAAGGAAAAACGUAAGCUCAUAGCUAAAUUGUAAAAAUAGGAGAGAGAGAAGUAAAAGAAUGAAGAAAUAGAAAUGGAGCAGUCUCGAAACUUUGAGAAGGAGUUUCAUGAGCUUGAAGGCAAGCUUAAGACAUUGGAAGAGACUUUGAAGAAGAAAAAUGAAAGAGAAAAUAGUCUCCUUAACGAAAUCAAUAUUUAUGAAAGCAAAGUGCAAAUGAAGCAAAUGGAAGUGGAAGCUAUGCAGUAAAAAAUGAUCUUAUUCGAGACUUUUAAACAUAAAUUUGAAGUUAAAAAGAAGGAAGCAGAUCGACUUCUAACAAGAGUAGAGGAGUUAUCCUAAAUGAAAGGUAAUCUAGAGGAAUAAAUAAAUAAAAGCAAAGAUAAAACCUACAAACUUAAUAAGAAGAUCGAGGAUCUGAAUGAUAAGGUGAAAUCUUUAUAAACUGGAAAUGCACAUCAAAAUGACCUCAGAGACUUUGAACAUAUUGAUCAUGCACUAGCUAAUCCAGUAACACAUGGAAACAGAGUAAUUGUACCGAAGAUAAAUCUAGAAUAAAUUGAUGAAGAAAGCAAAGCUCAUCCCUCGCUGGAUGGAUCUCUCUCAGCGGAGCUUUACUAAAGAUAAAAUCCCUAUUCAAAGGGAAACGGUAUGAAUCUUUGUCUAUAAACCAAACCAUCUCUAGAUGACGAAGAGUUUUUUGACACUUCAAACUCCUACAGAUCUCAAUACCGUUUUGAAACAACAGAAGAUGAGCUAGUAAACCAAGACGACUAUAGAAAUGGGUUUUGUAAUGACCUAGAUCCUGAAAAUAUGGAUUCUUACUUGCUGAGAUAAGAAUAUCUAAGAGAAUAAACAGAAAAGACAUAAUUCCGAAAUCUAUAUCUCGAACAAUAAGAACGGUGCUAUCACUAUUAGUAAAUGAUGUAAGAAUAUGAAAGGCUCUACUCUGAGUUUUUAACUAAGUCAAUUAAGGCUGAAAAGGAGAAAAUGGAACUAAUUAUCAAAUUAAGAAGGGUAAAUAAAGUUUCUAAUUGUAUAACUACUACUAUGAGCUCCUUAAAUCCAACAAACAUCAGAAAAAAUAUACAAAGAAGCACUAAGAGGUAGCAAUUGAUUUAUAAUAUAACUGCGCUCUUUAUAGGUGUUACUAUAGUUAUUGGAAUCUUAUCCAUUCUAUGA